CUUGAGUUUUAAUUAACAGUGGUUAAUUUAUGCAAAUGUUGUUUCGUACUGAAAAUUCUUAAUCUGUAUUCAGACCGUGCAGACUCAAUGUUUAUCGUCGUUGUACAGUCUGUUGCCUACAGCACGUGCUUCCACAGUCGACGUCGGUCGUUUGCUUAGGCAUCUUUUAAUUCCCGUUGCGAAAGCCCUAGUGCUUCAAGUUAGGGACAAAGCCGCUCAUUCGGUGAUAACGGCUACUAUGAAUAGCUGUCUAACGAAUGCACCACUGAGCUGGCGGACGGAUCGUUCAGUAUCACCUGAGAUCGGUAAAUUGACAGCGCAGUUCAUCAGUGACAUUUGCUCUGGUGCUUUCAACAGUGACUGGUCAAUCUGUUUUCGACGAGAGUUAGCGACAGCCUUGCUAGGUGUCAUUCAGCUCACAACAUCACUUUCAAGCUCUGCAUUACGUGAAAGUAGGAAUAAGGAGCCUGUGCCGUCAAUACUGAACUCUAAAAGGUUCUGGCUGUCUGUUGCGGCAUUGGCACUUGUUCGUGAUCGUUCAUGGUUGGCGUUGAGUGAAAAGUGGAACGAUUUGCAAACUUCUGGCCAGGAACCCAUUACGCUUUGUGAGAAUCACGACGAUGGCUCUACUCCAGCACAAGUGUUCUGCUCCGAUUGCGAAUGUGCUCUGUGCCGUGAAUGCUUCUCGGUGAUGCAUUUGCAUAAACGAAAUCGCUCACAUCAUGUUACCUCAUUGCCUCCUCCACCAGCUCGAUUGGAGGAAAUUGACAUCCACCAGGGAUGUGCGCGGAUGAGAAUCGCGAAUCUUCUAAUACUUUUCCAUGGCGAAUCGUUGAAUGGUUUGGUCGAGUUGCCGAGUGAUCCCUUCCCGGGACUAACAACUACUGCGAGUGCUAUCGGUGGACAUUCGAUGCAGUCGGUUUGCCGCUUCUGUGGGAACGUUUUGGAUGCGCACAAUCAAGUUGGGACUGCUCAAGACGGUAACGACGUCUGUGUCAUAUGCUUUACGGACCGUCUUUGUGCUGCGCCAUGCAUUCGUCUUGAAUGCGGUCAUCUGCUCCACUACCAUUGUGUUCGUGCUGUACUUGAAAAGCGGUGGCCAGGACCAAGAAUUCAAUUUCGUUUCAUGAAUUGUCCUCUCUGUAACAUUCAAAUGUCUCAUCCUGGCCUCAUGGACUUGCUUGAACCACUAUUCAUGUUAAAAGCGGAUGUUGCAUCAAAAGCGAACAUGCGUUUAAAAUUCGAUGGACUCCUCAAUUGUACGGCUCUUACUGAUCCACAGAGCGAAUUUUUCAAUCGUCCAGAAGAGUAUGCCAUGGAUCGUUACAUGUACGUACUUUGCAAUAUUUGCCAGAAGGCAUACUUCGGUGGAGAGAGUCGCUGUCAAAUGGUGAGGUUUCAUCUUUUACUUCGGUGUUAUUGUAAGAUGGUAACGAAAAGGCAAGUCGGUGAUACUGUUGCCUCCUUUUCUGUUGUCAAGAAGUAUACUUUUAAGGCUUGUCUUGUUCCAUCUGCUCUGGUCGAGUCAUUUUCCUUCCUAACAGAACAAAGUAGAGUUUUGAAAAACAACAUGGUUUAG